AUGGAGCCACUUCUAACAACAGAAGUGCAACUGUACCAGGACAAACUAAUCGGAAAAAAAUGGAAAUCCUACAUCGCCAGCUUUUUCGAGGAAAACUCGUUGGGAAAGGCUCGCAUCGAAUUAUUCCAGAGUGAUGGCAAAAAGAAGGAACCAGUGAAAACAAUCCUUUUGGAGAAUGUGGUGUCGUUGAAGCCCGGGAAGACUGAUGGCGGAGCUGCAUUUGUGAAAGUACAGUAUAAAGAUGAUUCGUACUUGCAGUUUUCGAGUGAAGAGUUACAAAGGGUCAUGGAUGUUCUGAGCACCAUUUGUUUUCCAAAGAAGAUGCAAUAUGUCACAAUUGCCCCAAGUACCUCGUUGGAUUCGCCUACUGAAGAAGAAGAAUAUUUUGAAUUUCCUGAUACUUACGCAAUGCUGAAAUUGAAGCAAGUGAAUGGGAGAGAGUCGACAGAAGGGGUCUACAAGUUGUCGCUGAAUGAGAGUCUGCAAAUUAGUGGGAAUAACAAUAUCCAUUGCAUUCCAUAUCAAUCAAUUCAAUGGGUUGGAACUGGCGAACACUGUGUUGGAUUCGGAAUUGAGAACUUGGGAACCUUCGAGUUUGCCACAGGAGAUGCUCUCCUGUUUGUGGAGCAUUUGAGAAGCUUUAUCCGAUUCAGCUGUGACUUCAGCACACCACAGAUCAAAAUGAUUUGCCGUUUCAACCGCUACUUCCACCCUAAUCGCCUAGUAAAUAGCACAAGCCCGGGGCUCAGGUAUUUUCAUUUUGCUCAUAUUUCAACAUUUUAUCCUCAUUUCAGUAACAAUUCAACAAUGGAAAGUGUGGACUCUGGCGGUGUCUACUCAAAAAUUCCGGGUUCCACCGACACUUCAGUCUCCAGUCUUCAAUUGAACGAAGCUGAGUUUGUGAACCGCGUUGUGAAGAAUGAGUUGAGACGAAAUGCAUCGAUGGAGAUGUUGAGACAUAAGAUUUCUUUCCUGCAAAAAAAGAAAAACGAGUCUCGAACGGAUUUUGAAGAGUCGGCAGAUAGAGAUUUUGUGAGAGUCCAGUUGCCAAAAGGAAUACUGCUCGAACAAAACAAAUUUUCGCCCACGAAAAGCGUGUCGUUCCAAGAUAUGGAUUCCAUGACGAAGAUUUACGCCCGCCACACCGACUUGUAA